AUCUUCGUCAAGACCCUCACUGGGGAAUCUACACUCCAUCUCGUCCUCCGCCUUCGUGGUGGUAUGCAGAUCUUUGUCAAGACCCUCACUGGGAAGACCAUCACUCUUGAGGUCGAGAGCUCGGACACGAUUGACAACGUGAAGGCUAAAAUUCAGGACAAGGAAGGCAUUCCUCCGGACCAGCAGCGUUUGAUCUUUGCUGGAAAGCAACUGGAGGAUGGCCGCACCCUGGCGGAUUAUAACAUCCAAAAGGAGUCUACUCUUCACUUGGUGCUCCGCCUCCGUGGUGGCCAGUAAUUUCUGGUCUCAAGACAUACUGCUGCUCCUACUGUCAAGGUCUCUGUUAUUUAGUGUCUGUGCUGCUUUGUCAAGUGUCGCCGUAUUUGUGUGUUGUCCAGUGUUCAUGGUGGGUUGAACCGAUUUCAACCUCUUGUUUUCUUUUUUAGUCUCAUGGUUAUAUGAAAUACGAAACUCCCGAUGGAGCGGCAGUAACUAGUGGUAAUAAUAUAGUGGUAUUUGGUAUUUUAGAUA